AUGGAUAACCGGACCUUUCUACGACUGAUCACACUAGCCAUCUUUGUUUGUAUUUGUGUUGUUGCAUUUGUCCCGGAGGAUGUAGAAGGAUCUUACGCAAUCCGACGAAGGAGACCUUAUGCAAUCCGUCGUAAGGGAUAUUACGAUAUCCGUCGAAGGGGCUCGGGAAGUUACACAAUCCGCCGAAGAGGAAGCUACGCAAUCCGCCGAAGAGGAAGUUACACAAUCCGCCGAAGAGGAAGCUACGCAAUCCGCCGAAGAGGAAGUUACACAAACCGCCGAAGGGGAUCUUACGGAAUCCACCGAAAGUGGUAUGGAGUAAGAAGACAAUACGAUCAUAAAAUACGAAAACGGGGACUACGAUUUAGAAGGCGAAGACGGCGACGACGAGGAUACGGAAGGCGGAGGCGGAGAAGACGAAGAUACAUCAGACGACCUAUCAACAAACACCUGCACUACCACGUCCACCACUACCACUACCACCAGUACCGCCCUCGGUAUCUUCCACCGUACUUACCGGCAAACUGCGGAGGACGAUGUGGUCGAAAUGCGUACUGCUACAUGGGUCAUAGAUGUCUGUGUAAACGGGGAUACCGGGGGAACCCCCUCAGAGGAUGUUCUCCAGGUGGCGGGCCUUGUGGAAAUAAAUGCGGAAAGUACGCCGUCUGCAAAUCUGGAAAAUGUUCUUGCAGAAAAGGUUAUUAUGGAAACCCUAUGGUGGCUUGUUUCCGAGGAUACGUCUGUAAGCGGGGCUGUGGUGUGAACGCUGCGUGUGACAGAAGGACGGGGAGAUGCAAAUGUAAACCUAAAUUCAUAGGGAAUCCUCACGUGCGAUGCAUAUCAUUGUAUGGUUGUACUGGAGGUUGUGGACCCAAUGCCGUGUGUAAGAGUCGGGCGUCACGUAAAUUCUGCGCCUGCAAGCCGGGCUAUGGCCCCAACCCAGUAGUCGGAUGCAAACCAGUCCCCGGAUGUGUUCGAAAAUGUGGAUUAAACGCGUACUGCAAUGCGCUCGCGCGAAAAUGCGUGUGUCGGCGGAACCACGUGGGCAAUCCAUACAUCAGGUGUAGACACAUUUACUCGCUGCCGUGCGGUGGAAAAUGCGGAAAGAAUGCCUAUUGCAGAAAAGGAGUGUGCAUCUGUAAAUCCGGUUGUCAUGGUAACCCAUACUCAAACUGUGUCCGAAAAGGUUAAAAGAAUUAAAAGUUGCGGCGAAAUCCAUUUUUAUCAUCAUUAUUUUCAUUGUGUAGUAUCACGGGGCAGAAAUAAAGUGUGUCAGUAAGGUACAUGCCAUGUACAUGAAAGGUGAAGAUAACGAACAGUGAUCAAUCUCGUAACUCCUAUAAAGGUGAAGAUAACGAACAGUGAUCAAUCUCAUAACUCCUAUAAAGGUGAAGAU